CUCAGCCCACUAAAUUCAGGAAGUCAUAGCAGGUGCUAACCACCUAACCACAGAUGGUGCUAACAGCAAAUCCAUACCUUUUUUUAUACUUAAUAACCGCUCAGUUGUGGAUUCAUUGUUUUCGAAAUAUUGUGCCUGAAGUUUCAGGCCGGAUUGCAAAGCUUCUCUAAGGGCUGCGGUUACACAGAAGCCCUUUUUGGAAUGGCUCGUAUGUUAGCUUUCAUGCUAAACAAAGAGAAGAACGCUAGCAGCGAUGCGAAGAUAUUGGAUAUUACCUAACAUGAUUUAUGGAUUUAUCAUUAUUGAUUUAUUGUACAAAGACACUGUAGUUCCAAGCUGAAUGGAGAAACUUCUAAAAGGCCUAAUAUCCAUGGAAGACCAGUUGAAGACCUUAUUCUCUUCUAAAAAAAAAAAUGAGUUUGGAGGAGACGUGGUGAGCCGUUCCUCUCCAGCUGAAAGUCAGUAGGUCACGGUGGAAGCAGACGUCUGGACCUAACAGCUGUCUCAACCCCAAACCCUUUCAGAUGGAGGUGGAUGCAGACGAUAAGCGCCAUCGAACACGCUCCAAAGUGCCUGUGGAUCCAGCAUUAACGGAGCUUUUCAGUGUGUACGGCUGCCCCCUGGCCAAGAAGAGAAAGAGCCUAGACAGACACACCCUGGAAACCUCCCCCAAGAGGAGCACCUACCUAGAUGACAUGGACAACUCCACCAUGGAGGAGUGCUACGAGACGGACGCAACCGAGGAGAUGGACGACAGGGAGGAAGAGGAGGAGGAAGGAGCUGUAGAGGAGGAGGAGGAGGAAGAAGAGGGUGAAGUGGAGGAGGAGGAAGAAGAAGAAGAGGAGGUGGAAGGCUACAUGGACUACAAUGUCGAGCAAAUGGAGCAUGAAGAAGGGGAGGUGGACAGAGGGGAUGGAGAGGGUGAGGAAGAGGAGGAAGAAGAAGAGGAAGAGGAGGUAGAAGUGGAGCAAGAAGAGGAGGAAGAGGCUGAUGAUGGGAGGGUGGAGGAGGCAGAGGAAGAGGAAGAAGCGGUAGAGGAGGUGGACUAUGAAGAGGGAGAGGAGGAGGAGGAAGGAGAGCAGAGUCAAGGGCAAGAGGACGAUGAGAUGAGCGGCAGCGAGGGGGGCGAGGGCGACGGUGGAGGCGGCAGGGGCGGCGUCGGCGGCGGCAAUGCCAAAUCUGGCCCGGCGACGGAGAAGGACGGCAACAACAACGACGAGUACGAGAACUACGAUGAACUCGUGGCCAAGUCCCUCCUCAACCUGGGCAAGAUCGCCGAAGACGCUGCCAACCGAGCCAUGACGGAAUCCGAGAUGAACAGCAACUCCUCCAACAGCGCCGAGGAAGAGGACGACGAAGAGGAAGAGGAGGAGGAGGACGAAGAAGAGGAGGAGGAGGAGGAUGAAGAAGAGGACGAGGAGGAAGAAGAGGAAGAAGAAGAAGAGCGGGUUGAAACGCAGAGGGGUGAUCUGAGUUUGGACGUUGACAGUGACGUGGUCCGGGAGACGGUGGACUCCCUUAAACUUCUGGCCCAGGGACACGGUGCAGUGCUGUCUGACAAUUUAGACGGACAGGAGUUUGAGGACGGUACAGCCGAGAAUGACUGUACUCACAAUGGGGGAGGUGCGCACAAUGGUGGUAAUGGACAAGUUAAGAUCACCAGCAAUGGACAAAUAGAAAACAGCGACGAGGAAGUGUGUUUAAGCAGUCUGGAGUGCCUACGGAACCAAUGCUUCGACUUGGCUCGGAAACUAAGCGAAACGAAACCCACUGACCGAAAUGGACCGUCGCAGCAAAACCACUUUUCAUGCGGGGAUCCCAAUCAACAGCCCCAGCAUCACGGCUAUGGGGAUUUCCACCAUAGCCAAGACGACAGGCGAACACUUGACAGGAACUAUUCGGACAUGGACAAUCUCAUGAAGCUGGAGGAGCAGCUGAGCCCGCGCUCCAAGGCCUUCUCCAGUUGCGCGCAGGACAACCGAUAUCACACCAACCUGCGGGACUUUGAUGAGGACACGGCCUCGGUGACGUCGGACCGAUCGGAGGAAGUGUUUGACAUGACAAAGGGCAACCUGUCCCUGUUGGAGAAGGCCAUUGCACUAGAGUCAGAACGCGCAAAGGCAAUGCGGGAUAAAAUGGCGGCCGAGGCUGCCAGGAGAGACGGGGUGAGGUAUAACCAUGAAGACCAUGGCCUGCGACACGGCUACGGUGUUGAGCGUAAAGCCCGGCUUCCUGAUGGUAUGAAGAAGCCUUUCUACCAUAAAGACGCUUCGCGUGCAGACAAGAAGGAAAGUCGGUGUCCGACACCAGGCUGCGACGGCACGGGUCACGUCACGGGCCUGUACCCACACCAUCGGAGCCUGUCCGGCUGUCCGCACAAAGACAGGGUGCCACCAGAAAUUGUGGCUAUGUAUGAGAAUGUUCUUAAGUGUCCUACGCCUGGCUGCACGGGACGUGGCCAUGUCAAUAGCAACAGAAACUCCCACAGAAGUCUGUCAGGAUGUCCCAUCGCUGCCGCCGAGAAGCUGGCCAAAGCCCAGGAGAAGCACCAGGGCUGCGACGGCCCCAAGUCCAACCAGGCCUCUGACCGAGUCUUAAGCACGCCCCGCUCCAACCUGGCCAAGGAGCUGGAGAAGUACUCCAAGACCAGCUUUGACUACAGCGCCUUCGAUGGCAGUAACAACCACCAAGUGUACGGGAAACGGGCCAUCGCACCCAAAGUUCACGGACAAAGAGACACCUCCCCCAAAGGAUACGACGCCAAACGUUACUGCAAGAACUCCAGCUCGGCCAGCAGCACCACCAGCACCUACGCGCCCAGCAGUAGCAGCAGCAGCCUGAGCUGUGGAGGUGGAGGAGGGGGCGCGGGCGGCGGCCGAGGGGGCGGGGGCAGCAGCGCCAGCAGCACAUGCAGCAAGAGCAGCUUCGACUACAGCCACGACAUGGAGGCCGCCCACAUGGCGGCCACGGCCAUCCUCAACCUGUCCACACGCUGCCGGGAGAUGCCACACGGCAUGGGGGGGAAGCCCCAGGACCUGUGCUCGCAGAGUCCGGGUCUAGAUGUUGAUGAGAAUGGUACGUUGGACCUGAGUAUGAGCAAGCGUCUGUGCAGCGGCGGCGGAGGGGAUUCGGUGCUCACCCCUCUAGAGCCCAUGUCCCCCCAGAGGCAAGCUGCCCUGCUGGGCUCCCGCUGCUACGGCAUGGGGGACGCCGCCGACUGCUGGGACCUGCCUGUAGACUACACCAAGAUAAAACACAUAGACGAGGACGAGAAAGAGCCGGAUGACCUGGACCCCUUCCAUGACUUGCUGGAUGACCGCUCCUACACCACAGAUGUUACCAUGCCCAGCCCCAAGCCCAAGUACGGCCAGUGCAAGGAGAGUAAGAAGGACCUGAUAACUCUCUCAGGUUGUCCUUUAGCUGAUAAAAGCAUCCGAAGUAUGCUGGCCAACAACGCACAAGAGCUCAAGUGCCCGACACCAGGGUGCGAUGGUUCGGGACAUAUCACUGGCAACUACGCCUCACACAGAAGUCUCUCAGGGUGUCCGCGGGCCAGGAAGAGUGGGAUAAAGAUCAUCCACAGUAAAGAGAACAAGGAGGACCAGGAACCUAUCAGGUGUCCAGUCCCAGGUUGCGAUGGUCAGGGACACGUUACAGGGAAGUAUGCGUCCCACAGAAGCGCAUCAGGAUGCCCCAUAGCAGCCAAGAGACAAAAGGACGGCUACCUAAAUGGCAUCCAGUUCACGUGGAAGUCUGGCAAGACAGAGGGCAUGUCCUGCCCCACACCGGGCUGUGACGGCUCGGGUCACGUCAGCGGCAGCUUCCUGACACAUCGGAGUCUGUCGGGUUGUCCACGUGCCACCUCCGCCAUGAGGAAAGCUAGGCUCUCCGGAGUGGAAAUGCUAACAAUAAAGCAGCAACGUGCCAGCAACGGACUGGAGCACGAAGAGGAUAUCAAACAGCUGGAUGAAGAAAUCAAAGAUUUAAGUGAAUCAAAUUCACAAGUGGAAGCAGACAUGAUCAAACUUCGAACACAGAUUACAACAAUGGAGUCCAGCCUGAAGUCCAUAGAGGAGGAAAACAAGGUGAUUGAACAGCAAAAUGAAUCUCUCCUGCAUGAGCUGGCCAACCUCAGCCAGUCACUGAUUAACAGUUUAGCUAAUGUCCAGCUCCCUCAUAUGAAACCUCUGGCACACAAAGAGCCUCCUCUAAGGAAUAACAGCUGCUUACAGUUGCACCAGCAAGAGCCAAUAAGCGAGCAGAACUUUGACGCCUACGUCACCACUCUAACGGAUAUGUACUCGAACCAAGACCAGUUCCAGAGCCCCGAAAACAAAGCCUUGUUGGAAAACAUCAAGCAAGCUGUUCAAGGGAUUCAAGUGUAACCAUUCAGCAAGGGAGAUUUUUGUUCCCCCAUGCAGGUUUAGGCGAUCUAUCAAAUCCACAUACAAGCAAGGCAGUGAUGGUUUGGUCACCUCGGUUGGGUGCAGUAUCUUAUAUAGUGUUAUAUAUUCAAGAUUUUGUUGUCUCAAAAAAAAAAAAAAGAAGAGGUAUGAUGCUUAAACACCCUCAAGAUAAUUUCUUUUCUUUUCUUUUUGGGCCUUGCUUCGAGGAAGGACAUUUAAGAGUGAAGGGCAGAAUAGUUUUUGAGGACAUUCACAUUUUGUACGUUUUCAUAUGAGCUGACAUAGUGUCAUGUAAUGUUUCUAGCUGCUCAUGUAUGCACAUUUUUAGUGUAUAUUUCUGAACAGUAAGCUAAUGCUAAUGGGACGCGAGUUCUUUUUAUUGCUUGACAUCAAAGUCAAAUGAACAGUGAAAUAAAAAUGAAAAAAAAAAACUACAAGCAAGGAGGAAGCUACUUAUUUUUUCUCCUCACUGGAUGAUUUUGGACUCGAUGAUUUUCGAUUUUUUUUUUUUUUUUGCGUGUAGAUUGUUCUGGUUUGCGAAACCGCUUUAUUUUCUGACAAUGCCUGAGAAAAAAUUUGUGUUUUUUGUUUUUGAUGAAGAAAAAAGAAAAGAAAAAAAAGGAAGAUGUAUAGCUGUAGGUGGGGGCAUUUUUAAUUGGUGCUGUAAAUGAAUCCGGAGAGGAAACUGACCUGACGUAUGUAUGAAUGUAUGUAUGAAUAGUUCUAUUGUAAACAUCAUUACACGGAAACCCGAUGGUGGAAAUCCCAUUUAUCUAGGAGAGCCAAUUCCUUCCUAGAGGAACACAUCUGUGCGGUGCAUGCACGUUCACAUGCUCCUCCCUAACUAAUCUCAAAUAGAAAUGACGUGUAAAGACAAUGACCUAUAGAGACCACAUCCUAGCCUUUCUAGUAUCAAAUCUGCGCAAUUUCGAGACCCGUGUUGCUAGGAUUAAGAAAUGUCUCCGCAAUAUUAUGACUAAAUCAUUUGUUUAUAGUAGGUAUGGGAUGCAAUCUGCAAAGGAAAAGAAUAAAAAAUAAUGUUGGGUAUAUGCAAUUUCUUGUUUAUAAGCAUAGCCGGGUAACAUGAAUCUUUUUAAUAUAGCCUAUGUAAAAUAUUGAUUUUUAUACAAAUCUUUUAAUACAAAAAAAGUCUUUUUAAAAAAAAAGAGGAGGGAACCUGGACAUUGAGUUUUAGAAGCGAAAGUAUAUGAGUUCCACUUUUUUUCUGUACGAUUUUGCACAGGGACACCUUCGUUUCCAUGUUUUGAUGUUCUUACAGAAACUAAAAGCAGUACCCAAGAGCCUAAAAAGGAGGGUUUCAGAGGGUUUUGUAAAGAGUAUUUAUAGAGUAUGACAGCGGGACUUACAGGGUUACUGUCCCCACUUAUGUGCCAGUAGACUAUUUGCACUUGUCCUUGAAGAUAUUAUCCUUACGUACGGCGGCGUGCAAUUUUCCAGAUGACCUCUUUGGCACACGAUUGGAGCAACCAACUGCUUGGAGCCACUGUAGGUGUGGAUUUAGUACCACUGAGAGAGGAAGAACAGGGACUUGAAAUCAGAGAAGAGGAUGAUUAUAACCAUAGCAGUUAUACUGUAGGCUAUUAUCAAAGUGUAAAAAAAAAAAAAACAUUGUUCUUUCAUUUUUGCUAUGUUUUAGGAAGAUGAAGUUAUUCCCCCCCAGCAGCACUUUAUAUCUAAUCACUGUACAAAGGAUUAAAUAGUCAAUCAAUUCAAGGUUUUAAAAAAAAUAAAAAAUAGCUGAAGAAAUGGUGAAACGAGACCUUUGAGGGGUGAUACAACCCAGCGUCACGCCCAUAUGCCUGACUGUAUGCACCCCUCCAUUCUGUUGUUCUAGUUGUUAGCGAUCAUGUUCAGAAUUGCCUUUUUGAGAGCUAAUGCAAAAGGUGCUCGUCGUUCACCUGAUUGAAUCUCAUCUAUUGUACUUUACUGUCCUUUUUCAGGACUCUACUACCCAUCACCCAUGACUGCAUAACGCCUUUUUCCACAGCAUCGUGUCUGCAGCUUUUUUGCCAAUAUAGUAAUGCUUCAGUAGAGUAAUAGCUAGUACCAGUUUUUGAAUUAAUUCUCAUUAUCAGUAAAAAGGGAAAAAGGGAUUUUAAAGCACAAAACCGGCUGCUCAUCUGAUGUUGGUACAUAAAUAACAAAUCUGAAUAGAGUUAUCUGUGACUAUCUAUAGGGAACACAAAAAGGUCGUCACAUAUUUAGAAAGCUGACUUUUCAUAUAAAUUAUUGUGAAUUCAUCAGAGUUUAUUGUUUUAUUUGAGCCAGUUCAUUUUGAGAUUGUUUUCAGUGAUCAUUGACAAAGACAGGAUUUUGUAUAAACUAUUGUGCUCUCUGUGGAACUGAAGUUUGAUUUAUUUUUGUACUACACAGCAUGGAUUUGUUGACAUUUUAAUUUUGCUAUAAAUGUGUGAGAUCACAAGUUGCUGUGAUAUUUCAUUUAUAAAUUGUGAACUUUGUACAAUUUUUGUCAUGCUGGAUGUUGACACAUCUUACUCUGAAUAAAGAAAAAAAUGUGUUGCCAGA